UAUACACCGGUGAGUGUAUAUAAAAGUACUACAUAUACUGCUUACUAACUGUUUAGUUGUUUUUUUUAUUCUCUACUUGUAUCAUGAUGUACUGUUGGCAUGUUGUGUGAUUUGUAUUUCUGUUGUUGCAGUAUGUGUUCAUAUGUUCAUAUCAAAAUAACGCUGAGCUCGUCUCGAUGUGAUGACGUCAUCAGCUGCGCGCGCUCCCGAGUCCUGUCAGGCGAGAUCUGCUUGUCCUCCUUCAGUUCAUAAAUAUAUAUAUAUAUAAAUACUGGAGUUUUCCCAUCAGUCUACAAGUGAAGACGAGCAUCAGAGCAUCAGGGAGAAGUGAAAUCUGAAAGACAGAGUUUAUUGAAGGACAGAGAGAAGAUGAGUGAUCCAGAACCCUGCAGAAUUAAACAGGAAGAGACUGAAGAGCAAACGGAUCUGAUGGAGAACGAGGAGAAACUUUGUCAUGUCAGGAAAUCUUUCACCUGCACUCAGUGUGGAAAGAGUCUGGCGUCUAAACGGAGUCUCUGGGUUCACAUGAGGAUCCACACUGGAGAGAAACCAUUCACAUGUGCUCAGUGUGGGAAGAGUUUCAGAGACUCGUCAUAUCUUAAUCAACACGUGCUGACCCACCGAGAGAAAACACACAAGUGCGAACAAUGCGGCAAAACAUUUUUGAAUGCUUCACAUCUAAAACAUCAUCUUAAAGUGCAUACAAACGAGAAGCCUUAUUCGUGUUCUGAGUGUGGAAAGAGCUUUACAUAUCAGCAAUAUUUAACGCAACAUCUGAAGAUCCACACUGGUGUGAAAGAGUACGUGUGCUUUGAGUGUGAGAAGACUUUUUUUAGAGCUCAGCAAUUGAAACAGCACCAAAGGAUUCACACCGGAGAGAAACCGUACGGGUGUUCACACUGCGACAAGAGCUUCAGUCAGUCAGGAGAUCUGAAAACACAUGAGAAGACUCACACUGGAGAGAUGCUUUACGAGUGUUCACACUGCGACAAGAGAUUUGGUCAUUUAGGAAAUUUGAAAGCACAUGAGAGGAUCCACACUGGAGAGAAACCCUAUCAGUGUUCCCACUGCGACAACAGAUUCAAUCACUUAGGAAGCCUGACAAAACAUGAGAGGAUUCACACUGGAGAGAAACCUUUUAAGUGUUCACACUGCGACAAGAGAUUCAGUCUGUCAGGAAACCUGAAAAGGCAUGAAAAGAUUCACAGUGGAGAGAAACCGUACAAGUGUUCACACUGCGACAAGAGAUUCAUUGAAUUAGGAAGCCUGAAAUCACAUGAGAGGAUUCACACCGGAGAGAAACCGUACGAGUGUUCACACUGCGACAAGAGCUUCACUGAGUUGGGAAGCCUCAAAUCACAUAAAAGGAUUCACACCGGAGAGAAACCUUACGAGUGUUCACACUGCAACAUGAGAUUCAGUCUGUUGGGAAACCUUAAAAAGCACAACAGGAUUCACACCGGAGAGAAACCGUACAAGUGUUCACACUGCGACAAGAGAUUCAGUUUGUUGGCAAACCUGAAUCGACAUGAGAGGAUUCACACUGGAGAGAAACCUUAUAAGUGUUCGCACUGCAACAUGGGAUUCAGUCUGUCAGGAAACCUGAAAAGACACGAGAGGAUUCACUCUGGAGGAAAACCUUACAAGUGAUCACAUUGCAACAAGGGAUUAGGACUUUUAGUCAGCCUGAAACUGUCCUGCUGGAUGUACCUCCAACUUGGUUAAACACACCUACCUGAAAGCUUCUAAUACGAUAAAGCUAAUGAUGGAGAAUGAGGAGAAACUUCUUUCUGUCAGGAAGUGUUUCACCUGCACUCAGUGUGGAAAGAGUUUAACGUCCAACUACAGUCUCAAGCUUCACAUGAUGAUUCACACCGG